AUGUCUACUACCGACUACUCUUACCGCACGGUCCCCGAGAAGACAGUUCCCAACCCGGUGGAAUAUGAGAUGAGCGUCUACCAAAAAGGGUUGCAUUACGAGCGCCCGCCGUUCACGUUCCACUCGAAAGAAUGGGAAAAGCAGGCUUCCGAGGUCAUGUCCGCGAAUAGCAAAGGUUACGUCGUUGGCAGUGCGGGGAGCAGCGAGACCGCGAGGAAGAAUGUAGAGGCAUUCGCGAAGUGGUCGAUUAUUCCGAAGCGUCUCGUGAAGACGGAGGGGCUUCCGGAUUUGAGUACCCGGGUCUUCGGCCAGAAAUUCCAGUUUCCCAUCGCGGCCGCGCCAGUGGGCGUGCAGUGCAUCGUCAAUCCUCACGGUGAGGUGGCUACCGCGCGGGCGGCGGCAGAGAAUAAUGUCCCGUACAUUAUGAGUUCAGCAAGCAGCACCAGCAUCGAAGAUGUCGCCAAGGCAAACGGGGACGGUACGCGAUGGUACCAACUGUACUGGCCCAAGAAUGAAGACAACGAGGUCACCAUCUCCAUCCUCAAUCGCGCGAAGAAAGCCGGCUUCAAAGCGUUGGUCGUGACGCUGGAUACGUACAUCCUGGGAUGGCGGCCCAGCGACAUGGAUAACGGCUACAAUCCGUUCCUCCGCUCCGACCAAAUUGGCAGUGCGAUUGGGCUGUCCGACCCUGUCUUCCGCCGCCGUUUCAAGGAGGAAUAUGGCGCCGAAUGCGAAGACAAGAUGGCCGAAGCUGUCGCGAAAUGGGUCCAGACCAUCAUUCCGGGGACCAGUCACUCCUGGGAAGACGUUCAGUUCCUGCAAAAGCACUGGGACGGUCCUAUCAUUCUGAAGGGGAUCCAGAGCGUCGACGACGCGAAGAAGUGCGUGGAGAUCGGCGUCCAAGGUAUCGUCGUGAGCAACCACGGGGGGCAGGCAAGUGGACGGCGGGGUCAGCUCGCUGGCCAUCUCGAGAUCUUCUUCGACUCGGGGGUUCGAAGCGGCACCGAUAUCGCCAAGGCAAUGGCGUUAGGAGCUAAGAUGGUUCUUAUCGGCAGGCCUUACAUCUACGGUCUCGCGCUGGGAGGCCAAGCGGGCGCGGGGCAUGUGUUCAAGUCGCUCUUGGGUGAGCUGGAGCUCACGUUGCAUCUGGCCGGGAUUGCAUCGACGAGCCCGGAACAUUUGAAUCGCGAUGUGUUAGUCCGGGAGUCGGAUCUCUUCUAA